AAAACCUUCAUUUUUCAAAUCCAUGAAGCAAACGACAUGUGAGUUACCAAAUGGAAACAAGUCCAAACAAGCAAAGAAAUGACGAGACCGUUGUCCAUUAGUUUUCCUCUUCGGCUUGCCAAAAAUCUCCUCACGUCACAAUGUUCUCAUCCUUAUACCAUCGCUGCUGCACACCUUUUAUUAUCCUCCUCCCCUCCUCCGCCAAUCCUCUUUCGUUUUCACCGCCACUACGCCUCGCUCGCCGUCUCCGUCUCUCCGCCCAACAAGUCUCCUUAUAUUCAAACUCUCCCUCCUUCCCAAUCCCACCAACCAACAACCACCAAAAACCAUCUCCUCCUCGUCCUUUCUCCUCCCUCUCCGCUUCUCCCCUCCUAACCUCACCGCCAUCAACAAUGGGCUCCCUCUCCGCUCCCGCCGGCGGAUUAUUGCCGUAUCCGCCCGCGCGCAGGGACGAGACCGUCGUCGAGGAUUACCACGGCGUCAAGGUCUCCGAUCCUUACCGAUGGCUGGAGGAUCCUGAUUCGGAGGAGACCAAGGCGUUCGUGGAAGAGCAGGUGAAGCUGACGGAUUCCGUGCUGAAGACCUGCGAUGCGAGGGAGAAGCUCAAGGAGAAGAUUACCAAGCUGUUCGACCAUCCCCGCUACGAAGCGCCGUCCAAGCGUGGGGACAAGUACUUCUACUUCCACAACACCGGGCUCCAGGCCCAGAGCGUUCUCUACGUUCAGGAUGGCUUGGAAGGGGAGCCAGAGGUGUUGCUUGAUCCGAAUACGCUGAGCGAGGAUGGCACAGUGGCGCUGGGAAAGCUUUCGGUGAGCGAGGAUGGCAAGUACUUGGCCUAUGGGGUUAGCUCAAGCGGGAGCGAUUGGAUAACAAUCAAGGUCAUGCGAGUUGAGGAUAAGAGAGUUGAGGAAGACACAAUAUCAUGGGCAAAGUUUACGGGGAUCAGUUGGACACAUGAUAGCAAAGGGUUCUUCUAUAGCCGUUACCCUGCUCCCAAAGAUGGGGAGAAGUUAGAUGCUGGGACAGAGACCAAUAUCAAUCUAUAUCAGGAAUCAUAUUACCAUUUCUUGGGUACGGAUCAAUCCGAGGACAUUCUGUGUUGGAAAGAUCAAGAAAACCCCAAGCACUUCUUCGGUGCAUCAGUGGCAGACGAUGGAAAGCAUGUUCUUCUACAUAUCAGCGAGGGGUGUGAUCCAGUCAACAAAAUAUACUACUGUGAUAUCUCUACACUUCCUGGAGGACUAGAAGGUUUUAAGGGAUCAAACAAACUUCUCCCUUUCACUAAGCUUGUGGAUAACUUCGAUGCUCAGUAUGAACCGGUAGCAAAUGAUGGCACCACAUUCACAUUCUUGACAAAUAAGGAUGCUCCUAGGUAUAAGCUAGUCCGAGUGGACUUGAAUGACCCGAGUUCAUGGACAGACGUUGUCCCGGAAUCCGAGAAGGAUGUAUUAGAGUCAGCAGAUGUGGUCAACGGGGACAAAUUGAUACUUAGUUACCUGAGUGAUGUCAAGAAUGUGUUGGAGAUCAGGGACCUAAAGACGGGUUCCUUCCUGCAUCAACUGCCUAUUGAUAUAGGUACCGUGACUCGGGUAUCUGGAUUUGAUCGCUCAGAGUUCCAAGUGAAGCAAGUGAGUUCUUUUUCUCUUAUUCUUUCAGCUUGGCUGGAUUAGAUUUCUGCACGCAGCUUCAGGUUUUCGUUACUAGCAAAGAUGGCAACAAGUUCCCAAUCUUCAUUGGGUCGAAGAAGGACAUAAAACUGGACGGAUCAAACCCAUGCUUGCUAUACGGAUACGGUGGAUUCAACAUCAGCAUCACUCCGUCAUUCAGCGUGACCCGGGUAACACUCGCCAAACAUUUGGGCGUCGUCUUCUGCAUCGCCAACAUCCGCGGCGGUGGAGAGUAUGGCGAGGAAUGGCACAAAGCAGGGUCACUAGGCAGUAAGCAGAACGUCUUCGAUGACUUCAUCUCUGCCGGUGAGUACCUUGUGUCAGAAGGCUAUACCCAGCCCAAGAAGCUAUGCAUUGAAGGCGGGAGCAACGGUGGCCUCCUCGUCGGAGCCUGCAUGAAUCAGAGACCGGAUUUGUUUGGUUGUUCGCUGGCUCAUGUUGGCGUCAUGGACAUGCUGCGAUUUCACAAGUUCACAAUAGGGCAUGCUUGGACUACUGACUAUGGCUGUUCGGACAAAGAGGAAGAGUUCCAUUGGCUGAUCAAGUACUCUCCACUGCACAAUGUGAGGAGACCAUGGGAAGUGAGCCCCGAUGUUCAGUACCCUCCGACCAUGUUGCUGACCGCGGAUCACGACGAUCGGGUCGUUCCGUUACACUCUCUCAAACUGUUGGCGGUGAGUUGACGAUCCCACCAUCAAUCCUCGUAUCGGAAAGAUCCAUUAUACUCUUCGAUCACCUGUUUCUGGUACCCUUAUUCUUUUGCAGACGUUGCAGCAUGUUCUGUGCACCAGCUUGGACAACAGUCCGCAGACCAACCCGAUCAUCGGCCGGAUCGACCGGAAGUCCGGCCAUGGCGCCGGCCGUCCGACUCAGAAAAUGAUUGAUGAAUCGGCGGAUCGGUACGGGUUCAUGGCGAAGGUGGUGAAUGCAACGUGGACUGAGUAGAAUUAGAAACACGAAGGAGAGCGGCAUCUCGAUCAGAGUUUUCCACUUGGUGUUGAUUCCGUUGAUGGAACCGUUUGGAUUAUACCAUCGGAACGGUAGCUUCUUUUUUAGGCUCUCCUUGUAAGAUAUGGUAAAUGCUCUGGUUUUAGAACAUUUAUGGCCGUGGUGGGCGCCAACAAGGAAAUGAUUGUACAACUUGUUACAUUAUUAUCAUUAUUAUAUUAGGUGAAGCGCAACUUGUUACACGUGAUUGUAUAAAUCUUAUCCCUUAGAAUGAAUAGUUCAUAAUUAGUCCGGUUAGAUAUUUAUUAGACCUGAUUGGAUGGAACAAAUUACAAAUGAGAAACGAAAUGAG